ACAGCAUAAAAGUAAUAGUCAUACUGAAAAAUUGUAUAUUUGACUUCCCUGUUUUCCACUCUAAAGAGCAAUAUAUUCAUUCAUGCUGUUAUUUAUAUUAACAGGUUGCUACAGCCUUUAAAAAUUUUGUUCUUCCUAUAAUUUUAUAAAAAUAUAUAUUGAAAAAUAAACCAAGGUUUCAGAAUUUUGCUUAACUGAAUGGGUUAGUGGCUAAUGUCAGUUCCAAAUAAUGUUUGCUUCUUUAAUUCUUCUCCAGGAAUUAUCUAUAGAGUGAGUAUGCUAAUAUUGAAUAAGACAGCAGGAGUGUUUUCUAAACCAUCAAAAAGGAAAAUUUAUGAGUUUUUAAGAAGUUUUAAUUUUCAUCCUGGAAAACAAUUUCUUCAUAAACUAGUUUUGGGAAUUGAAACCAGUUGUGAUGAUACAGCAGCUGCCGUGGUGGAUGAAACUGGAAAUGUUUUGGGAGAAGCAAUACACUCCCAAACUGAAGUUCAUUUAAAAACAGGUGGAAUUAUUCCUCCAGUAGCUCAACAGCUUCACAGAGAAAAUAUUCAACGAAUAGUGCAAGAAGCUCUCUUUGCCAGUCAAGUCUCUCCAAGUGAACUCUCAGCAAUUGCAACUACCGUAAAACCAGGACUUGCCCUAAGCUUGGGAGUAGGCUUAUCAUUUAGCUUACAACUGGUAGACCAGCUAAAAAAGCCCUUCAUUCCCAUUCAUCAUAUGGAGGCUCAUGCACUUACCAUUAGGUUGACAAAUAAAGUAGAAUUUCCUUUUUUAGUUCUUUUGAUUUCUGGAGGUCAUUGUCUAUUGGCAUUAGUUAGAGGAGUUUCAGAUUUUCUGCUUCUUGGAAAGUCUUUGGAUAUAGCACCAGGUGACAUGCUUGACAAGGUAGCAAGAAGACUUUCUUUAAUAAAACAUCCAGAGUGCUCCACCAUGAGUGGUGGGAAGGCUAUAGAACAUUUGGCCAAACAAGGAAAUAAAUUGCAUUUUGAUUUAAAACCUCCCAUGCAACGUGCUAAAAAUUGUGAUUUUUCUUUCUCUGGACUUCAACACAUUCUUGAUAGGAUAAUAAUGCAAAAGGAAAAAGAGGAAGGUAUUGAGAAGGGGCAGAUCCUGUCUUCAGCUGCAGACAUUGCUGCUGCAGUACAGCACACAACAGCAUGCCACAUUGCAAAAAGAACACAUCGUGCUAUUCUGUUUUGCAAGCAGAGAGGCUUGUUAUGUCAAAGUAAUGCAGUACUGGUUGUAUCUGGAGGCGUUGCAAGUAACUUAUAUAUUCGAAAAGCUCUGGAAAUUGUAACAAAUGCAACACAAUGCACUUUGUUGUGUCCUCCUCCCAAACUGUGUACUGACAACGGCAUUAUGAUUGCAUGGAAUGGUAUUGAAAGAUUGCGUGCUGGCUUGGGCAUUUUACACGACACAGAAGGCAUUCGCUAUGAACCAAAAUGUCCUCUUGGAGUAGAUAUAUCAAAAGAAGUUGGAGAAGCUGCCAUCAAAGUACCACGACUAAAAAUGAAGAUUUGAUUUUUGCUUUUCAUAAAACCCCUAAAGAUUGCUGGGAAAAAGCUAUUCCUUCAUAACAAAGAGUUUGAGAAGCACCUCUCUAGAAUAUUGGAGCCCAUAUUAAAUUCUGAAGAGAAAAUGUAUUUCUUGUUGUUAUAAUUUCCUGCCUGGCCAACUAUAGAUGUCCUGAAUUUCCAAAGCCUUGGUAAGAGGAUUUGAAUAGAUGUGAAUGUCGUUUUAUUAAAGACAUUUCACUAGAAGUAAAUGGAAGAGCGAAUGACUCUUCAACAACUCACAGCAAUUCUUCCUAAUGUCCACCCUUGAGAAAACUGUUGCUGCCAGCCAGCACAGGCUGCUUGGCAGAAGGGAGGCUGUUGUAAUGGUGUAGCACUGACGGAUUCACUUACAUUUGAGAAAUUUUGCUACGUGAAUCACAUCCUCAUUAUCCCCACCCAAUUUUAGCAACCAAUAUCUGGAAGAAAUUCUGUGAAUAAUCAAAUAUCUGAGGAAUAAAAGAUGUGUGAUAAGUAAGAACAUAAGACUUUAUUACUAUAUUUGAAGAAAUCAUAUUUUAAUAAAAUUUACAAUCUUUGUAGCAACUUUUUUGCUUAAAACUUCUAAGAUUUUGUUUAAAAUGUUAAAUAUUUUUUAUACUUGUGAACUUGCAUAAAGAUACAAAUUAUUCUUAAAAAGUCAUAUUUCUGUUAAUUUUUACUGCAUCAGAAAAAAACCCCUUAAAACCUUACAUAUACCUUAAUGUGAAGAGAAGGGUGAUUUCUCAGUAGUUGAAUAAGUACUGGAAAGGCAUUUUCCUCUACAACAAGUUGUUGACUAAUGGGAUUGCUUGUAUGGGCGACACCUAUAAAAAUCCACAUGUUGAUCAGGUAAUAUUUUUUUCCAUCUUGGAAAUGGUAAAGUCAUUUUUGGUUGGUUUUUGGUUGAUAAAGUGUCAAGCGUAAUAUGGUAAAUUAGUAAAUUACAAAAGGAAAUGCUAUAUCAAUAUUAUUUUACCUGAAUUAAUUUUUUCAAAGGCAAAGUGAAUAAACAUGGAAAAUUUACUAUUAGAAGUGUGGAUGGUUUUCUAAUAGUCUCAAAACAAAGAAAUUAGAAAUGCUAGACUAUCAAGGAAUAACAAUAUAAUAGCUAUCAUUUAUUGAAAAAUUAUUAUGUGCAAGAUACUUAAAUUUAUAGUUGCUGUUGUUUUCCAUAAAAAGUUUAUUUUUAUAAAAGUGACUAGAGUAAAUCACCUAGUUAAAAUUUCUGGAUUCCUUAAAUACACAUACUAAA